CUGGAGGCCAUACCUGGUCCCACCACCCCAUCACUCCAGUAGCCCCAAGUAGGGAAGCCAUCGGGGGUGGGGGGGUCGGGCGCAUGUGCCGGGGUCACAGGAGGCCUUUCAGUGGGGUGGCCUCUAGCUCACACCUCUGACUUCCACCCUAGAGGAAACGGAGUGACUGGCAGGGGGGCAGGCAGCCACGGCCCUGGAGAGUAUGGGUGUGUGGAGGCUGCACCGCCCGCACCUGGGGCUCUCCCACUAGACGGCGCGGUGUCUGUCCAGGUCACCCACUGUCUCUGCGCUCAACCCUCAGAUCCUGCUCCGGUGGGUGGGUUGGGGGAGCAGACCCAGUCCCCGCCUGGCGGCUGCCCUGGGGCUGCAUGCAGCCCCGAGAGAGCCACUUGCGAGACACAGUAGCGGCUUUGCCAGGACUGGCACGGUCCCCGGAUUCGCGAGGAGGUCCGCCUCCUCCCUCCCCUUCCCGCGCCGCCUCCGCCUCCUUCCUCUGCCUCCACCCUCACCCCUUCCCGUCGGUGCGGAGCUCGGCUCCCGAGCAGCGCUCAGCCGGCCGCAGCUUGGUUGUGGGCUCGGGACAAGUGCUCCGUGCCUCUGCUCGAGAUGGACAGCCGCUACACCAGCGCCGCGGGCAUCGGGGACUUGAACCAGCUGAGUGCGGCCAUCCCCGCCACGCGCGUGGAGGUGUCAGUGUCCUGCAGAAAUCUUCUUGAUAGAGACACGUUUUCUAAGUCUGAUCCAAUUUGCGUCUUAUAUAUACAAGCAGUUGGAAAUAAAGAAUGGAGAGAGUUUGGAAGAACUGAAGUGAUUGAUAAUACUUUGAAUCCUGAUUUUGUAAGAAAAUUUAUUCUGGACUAUUUCUUUGAAGAAAGAGAGAAUCUCCGCUUUGACUUAUAUGAUGUUGAUUCAAAGAGUCCCAAUUUGUCCAAACAUGACUUUCUGGGACAAGUGUUUUGUACAUUGGGGGAGAUUGUUGGUUCACAGGGAAGUCGUCUGGAAAAGCCAAUAGUAGGAAUUCCAGGCAGGAAAUGUGGCACGAUCAUACUAACAGCAGAGGAGCUAAAUUGCUGCAGGGAUGCUGUCUUGAUGCAGUUUUGUGCAAAUAAAUUGGAUAAGAAGGAUUUCUUCGGGAAGUCAGAUCCUUUCCUUGUAUUUUAUAGAAGUAAUGAGGAUGGAAGUUUUACAAUUUGUCACAAGACAGAAGUUGUCAAAAACACUCUGAAUCCUGUGUGGCAAGCCUUCAAGAUCUCAGUCAGAGCCUUGUGCAAUGGAGAUUAUGACAGAACCAUCAAAGUAGAAGUAUAUGACUGGGACCGAGAUGGGAGUCAUGAUUUCAUUGGGGAAUUUACAACAAGCUAUCGAGAACUUUCUAGAGGACAGUCACAAUUCAACGUCUAUGAGGUGGUGAAUCCCAAAAAGAAAGGAAAAAAGAAAAAAUACACCAAUUCAGGAACAGUAACCUUACUGUCUUUCUUGGUGGAAACAGAAGUCUCCUUCUUAGACUAUAUUAAAGGAGGAACUCAGAUCAACUUCACUGUGGCCAUUGACUUCACAGCAUCCAACGGAAACCCCGCCCAGCCGACUUCUCUCCACUACAUGAACCCUUACCAACUGAACGCCUACGGCAUGGCCCUGAAGGCUGUGGGAGAAAUCGUUCAAGAUUAUGACAGCGAUAAGAUGUUCCCAGCCCUUGGUUUUGGUGCAAAGCUGCCUCCAGACGGAAGGAUAUCUCACGAGUUUGCUUUGAAUGGCAACCCUCAGAAUCCCUACUGUGAUGGCAUUGAAGGGGUCAUGGAAGCUUAUUAUAGAAGUCUGAAAUCUGUGCAGCUGUAUGGGCCAACCAACUUUGCUCCUGUAAUAAACCACGUAGCAAGGUAUGCAUCUUCUGUAAAAGAUGGCUCCCAGUAUUUUGUGCUCCUGAUUGUGACGGAUGGUGUGAUCUCAGAUAUGGCUCAAACUAAAGAAUCCAUAGUUAAUGCCUCGAAGCUUCCAAUGUCAAUAAUUAUAGUAGGUGUUGGACCUGCAGAAUUUGAUGCAAUGGUUGAAUUGGAUGGAGAUGAUGUAAGAGUUUCCUCCAGAGGGAAAUACGCGGAAAGGGACAUUGUACAGGACACCACCUGGUGCAGACCCACGCAAGCCCUUGUUCACGCGGCCUCAGCCUCUUUUGUGCCAUUCAGGGAUUAUAUGGACAGAAGUGGAAACCACAUAUUGAGCAUGGCUAGACUGGCCAAAGAUGUCUUAGCUGAGAUUCCCGAGCAGUUCCUCUCCUACAUGAGAGCCAGAGGAAUCAAGCCAUCACCAGCACCUCCCCCUUACACCCCGCCUACACACGUGCUGCAGACUCAAAUAUGACUACGUCCAGAUGCUGGUGUUCAUCACACAUCAGU